CCAGCCACGUGACCAGGCAGCGGCAGAGGUACGCUGGGCCCCGGUUUGGGCAGGCGCGCUGCGGCGAGGUGGGCGCAAUGUGGACUGGUCGCGUCCUUCGCGCUACGCUCUCCGAGGCCCCCCGCGGCCGCCGCGCGCAGUCAGCUCUGGCCCAGCUGCGUGGCCUCCUGGAGGAGGAACUGGAAGGGAUCCGUGGGGCUGGCACCUGGAAGAGCGAGCGGGUCAUCACGUCCCGUCAGGGGCCGCGCAUCCACGUGGACGGAGUCCCUGGAGGAAUCCUUAACUUCUGUGCCAACAACUACCUGGGCCUGAGCAGCCACCCUGAGGUGAUCCAGGCAGGUCUGCAGGCACUGGAGGAGUUUGGAGCCGGCCUUAGCUCUGUCCGCUUCAUCUGUGGGACCCAGAGCAUCCACAAGGAUCUAGAAGCAAAGAUAGCUCUCUUCCACCAGCGAGAGGACGCCAUCCUCUAUCCCAGCUGUUUUGAUGCCAACGCAGGCCUCUUUGAGGCCUUGCUGACCCCAGAAGAUGCAGUCCUGUCGGAUGAACUGAACCACGCCUCUAUCAUUGAUGGCAUCCGUCUAUGCAAGGCCCACAAGUACCGCUACCACCACCUGGACAUGACUGAUUUGGAGGCCAAGCUACAGGAGGCCCAGAAACAUCGACUGCGCCUGGUAGCUACUGAUGGGGCCUUUUCCAUGGAUGGUGACAUUGCGCCCCUGCGGGAGAUCUGCCGCCUCGCCUCUCAAUAUGGUGCCCUGGUCUUUGUGGACGAAUGCCAUGCUACUGGCUUCCUGGGGUCUACAGGACGGUGGGAGCACAUGGCACCUGAAGCCUCGGGUUUGGCUUCUAAGGGCACAGAUGAGCUGCUGGGUGUGAUGGACCAGGUCACCAUCAUCAACUCCACACUGGGGAAGGCACUGGGCGGAGCAUCAGGGGGCUACACGACAGGACCUGGGCUCCUAGUGUCCCUGCUGCGUCAGCGUGCCCGGCCCUACCUGUUCUCCAAUAGCCUGCCACCUGCUGUCGUUGGCUGUGCUUCCAAGGCCCUGGACCUGCUCAUGGACAGCAACACCAUUGUCCAGUCCAUGGCAGCCAAAACCCAGCGGUUCCGCAGUAAGAUGGAGGCUGCUGGCUUCACCAUCUCAGGAGCCAAUCACCCCAUCUGUCCUGUGAUGCUCGGUGAUGCCCGGCUGGCCUCUUGCAUGGCCGAUGACAUGCUAAAGAGAGGCAUCUUUGUCAUUGGGUUCAGCUACCCCGUGGUCCCCAAAGGCAAGGCCCGGAUCCGGGUACAGGUCUCAGCCGUGCACAGCGAGGAGGAUAUCGACCGCUGCGUGGAGGCCUUCGUGGAGGUGGGCCGGCUGCAUGGGGCGCUGCCCUGAGCCCUGGGUAAUGACCCACAGGCUAAACGCCCCCUCCCUCCACAGUGACAAAGGGGACCUUUGAUCGGCCUAGGCCGCAGGUGCUGAGCCCUGUCGGAGCCCUAGGCCCAGGCCUGUGCUUGCUGUGUGAGUGUGAAGCAACAGCGUGGAAACUGGCUGGGA